AUUUACUAGGAAUAUCACAUUUGUAUAUUUACUGCCAAAUGACAUCAGAUAGCACAGAUCUACUUGAAUUUUGACAAAGCCAAUGACUAAGUUUUCGACUUAGUUUGUGUGAACGGUGAGAUAAGUUACUUUAUUCUUGACAACUUGCUCUUCUCUCUUAGCAGGGUACUGUGUUUAUGUAGAAGAUGGCUUUUUGGACUCGGCAAAUAUGCAUAUGGUGCUUGUCAGUGAAAACAAAUAGUGUUGCUAGUUCUGUUCAGCGACUGAGCAAAACUCGGAGAACAUGGACACAAUUGCAUGAGCUUUCAGUUCUAUCUUUUCUGGGUGCUGAUGAUAGCUUUCUUAAAAAUGGAUUAAAGGUUUAUGGAUCUGCAUCCUUGGGGAACCGUUUGCAGUCCACCAGCUCAAGUAAUGGACAGAUUUUUUCUUCAGAAAGUAACUUACUUUCUCCAGUUAACCACUACCAGCAUCAAGCAGAAGUAAUACCAACCUCAGAAGAAAAAACAUUUUAUGAAGAUUGGGAUGAUACACUGCCUUCAUCUGCUCUGGAUGAGAUCUCUGAGGAAGAAGCUGUGCAGAUUGUAGCUGAACCACCCCUUCCCCUUAGUUCCUUCACACUUCGAGACUAUGUUGAUCGUUCAGAAACACUGAGCAAAUUAGUGCUUUUGGGAGUUGAUUUAUCCAAAGUGGAAAAACGUCCAAAUGCGGCCCAACUCCUACUGAGACUGGAUUUUGAAAAAGAUAUACGAAAAAUACUUUUGUUUCUUAAAGAUGUGGGUGUAGAAGAUAAUCAGCUGGGGCCAUUCCUGACCCAAAAUCCAUACAUUCUUACUGUAGACAUGGAGGCUCUGGAGACAAGGAUGUUCAACUUGUCCCUCCUGCGCAUGCACCCCGCCAGCUCCUGCAGGCUCCUGCUGUGGCAGACGUGGCAGGCCUGCCCCUCUCCCUG